CUUUCCAGGUGCGACAUGGAGGUUCAACAAGGAGCAAUAUCUGGCACAGAAAACAUGAUUUUUUGAAAAUCUAUGGUUGUUUUGGGUGAAUAAGUACCUUCCAAUAUUUCAUUCGUAUGUAAGACGGAGGAAUAUACGUACGCUGGUAUGUAAAAGCUGAUGUAAAUGACGGAUGUAAACAAUAGCACCGGAAGGUCACAGACCGACGAACCGUCUGUGUAGUUGUCAAACGAUCAAGGGAGGCUGUGCUGUAGGAUCAGACCGAUGCAGGGUAUGUGUGAUGGUGUCGGAGCAGCAUGCACACUGUAACAGGGCGACAGUGGACCCGAACAUGGGCGCUAUGUUGUCUCCUCGCCGGACACCUGUUAACUUACGUAGUGUCCCUCCCAGGCAGAGAUGUGUGGACUAAGACGGCCUGUGCUGGAGAAUGUAAUGAUAAGUACUCUCUAGAAUGUCCCUACCAACAGAAGAUUGCCAUCAAAGAUCUGCAAUACUAUUCCAAGCCUCUGACUUCAGAGUGUCCUAGCUCUGCCUGUCAGGACCUUGAUAAAUGCUGCAGAUAUGACCCAUACGACUGUAGAAUGCCAUUUUCAGAGUCAAAGGCAUAUGAUGUGUACAAGCGUUGUUCUGGGAUGCAGCGGUGUGGCUGGCUCCAAGCUGAUAGCGCAGCAUAUACCUGUAACAGCAGAAACCAUACCAACUACGUCCGGGCCUCCUACAAAUGUGUUGAUGAUUCCUCCUUCCUAGACAUGUGUUCCAAUCAGUCCCUGGAAGGAGACACCAUCAACCUGAUAUUUAAUGGCACACAUAUGGAAACCUCUAACCGGCAGUCAAACCGCUGUGUCUGUAUCCUAUCUACUUCUGACUGUAGUUCUAUCGCGAAACUUCAUUUCCGUACCGUGGAUGUGCGUCUUCAUGAAGCCAGCAAUAUCUCCAAGUGUCACCCACAUGCCAAGUUCACCAUCACUGAUACCAAUGGUCCUCGGGACUAUAAAUGCCAGACAAAUCAUUUCUACCGACAAUUCAUGGACAUAUACUACAGUUCCUCCUCCUACGCCCGCAUGUCAAUGUACUACGAACCAGGCGUGUACCCUGCCCAGGUGUGGCUGCAAGUCAAAGCAACUUUAUCUGGCCAAAAGGUGGUCAUUUCGUGUGGUAAGAAGAGUGCUGAAAAUCCACGAUUUUGUGGUCCAGUGGAAAUGAUACCAACCACUCCCAAAACACAUAAUCCGCAAGCAACGAUUAGUGAAGAUGGUAUUUUUGAUGGGAAUGGAGACAGCACACAGGGUCCCCUCCCAGGUUACGAUGCAGAUAGGGGUGGAGCACGGUCAAAGGAACACACAGAGUGGCCAGCUAUCAUAGGGGGCGCUGCAGCUGGUGCUAUUGUUCUCCUUCUACUUAUCCUCCUCAUCUGUAUCAUCCGACGAAGACAAUCAAGAAAAAGGAGAAAAGCCAAGGAACAUGACGAUGAAACACGACGAGUGUUGACAGGAGGAAAUAUCCCACCACCACUUCCCCUGGCCGAUAGGUAUGAACCAAACGAGGGGAAUUACUACGAAACAGUCGGGGCUACCAAUGGUAAGCCUGUUGGUGACACUGGCAGUAUCAUUAGUCCUGGAAAAAUCAUGGAAACUUUUACUCCAGGUAAAAAACAUAGUGGACAGUUUUUUCCUUCUGAUGUGAAAAUUCCACCUCCAGUUCCAACUCCUAAGGUAAACAAAAAAUCGCCAGAAAUAGAGGCAAACCCAUACCAUAUGCCAUGGGAUAACAGUAAUUUUCCGAUGAACCGAGCUGAACAACGGGAUCUCGCUUAUGCAACAAGUGAUGAGAUACAAGUACUGAUCCAGCGAAUGGAGCAGGACCGUCGCUGUCUCAAUGAGGGCGUGAAGGAUGAAGAACAAGUGGUACCUAACCCCAACUUCUAUAUUCACAUAGAUGAUUACAAGAUCAAGCAGAGCCCACACAAACCCAUGGGGCAUGCUGAUGAACAGGAUAGCUCAGAGGAUGAGCAGGGAGCUAGUGUUAAUCCCAGGAAUUAUGAGGAUAUUCAUGUGGAAUCAGAUGAGGAUACACCUAACUUAGUCUGUGAAAAUCCUGGCAAGACUAAAGUGAAUGUGUUAAAGGAAUCAUCAAAUGAGAAUUGUUGUGAAAGCGAGGACACUGGCUACCGGUCAGUAGGAAGCCCUGACCAGGUAAUGGUGUCUGAGGAUGACUACCUCAUACCGGGCUCAAUCAAGUCAUCCCUGUCAGACGGCAGUAAGGCUGGAACAUUACAGAAGGAGGAUACAGAAACUCUCACUAAUCCACGUCAGUCAGAUGUGUUUGAGGCAGAACCAGACGAGACGAGCACCAAGUUUUGAUGGUGUUUGGUCGAAAAUGCUAUAUAUUGUCACAAAUUUACACUUCUGUUUUUGCGUGUUUAAGUUGGGAUGUGAAGCCCAUACACCCCAUCAGUAUACUGCAAUGAAUUUCAAACAUUCUUGCCAAUUUGUGAUCUGGGCAUACAUGCUAUACUGCCCUCAGUAUUUGAAAUAUUAUGUUGAUGUUUGAUUUUGAUUUCUAUUGAUUUUUUAAGAUAUUUUAGGUAUACCAAUUGUUUUCUUCUUCAGUGAUGUUUCUACUAAAAAGUUUGAUCAUGAUAAAAUCAUAUUUACAUUAAUUGUUAAAAAUUAUCUGAAAACUUUUUAUGUACUCAUUCAAUUUUUCCAUUUCACAUUAUUCAACAUGCCAAAUUGCCAAGUUUUCAAGUGAUAUCAAUAUACUGCCAAAGUGAAUGACUGAGACAGAUUUGAUGCUAUUUAGAGUUAAUUAUGUAAAAAUCAAAAU